UUCGUUUGUGCUCUUUCAGGCACAAAAAGAAGCAAAAGAAAAAGAAAAAAAAAAUUCCUUUUUCUCCCCAAAUCCAAUACUCCCGUUUAAAUUUCACACUCUUCGGACCAGAAAACCUGAUUAGUGAAGCUUUGAUUCGAAUAUGAAGACCCGCCAUUUAUGUUUAUGGAUAAUCUUAAUGACCUUUGUGGGUUUUCAUGCGAGUAUGGAAGCGAAAACUAUAGAUCCUUACAAGGUCCUUGGGGUCGAUAAAAAUGCAAGUCAACGGGAAAUUCAGAAGGCUUUCCACAAGUAUGUCUUCUUCUUGUUUCUUGUCACGAGCAAUACUCUCCUUAGACUUCUGCCACUGAUUGUGCUUCAUUGAUGCUCUCUCUCCAGUAUCACCCGGACAAGAACAAAAACAAGGGUGCACAGGAGAAGUUUGCUCAGAUCAACAAUGCAUACGAGAUUUUGUCUGAUGAUGAGAAAAGGAAGAAUUAUGACAUGUAUGGUGAUGAGAAAGUCAAUCCUGGAUUUGGAGCUGGCCAACCUGGAGGUCAGGGUGGAUAUACUUAUUUCACUGGUGGUGGACCAGGACAAAGUCAGUUUAAUUUCAGACCAGGGCAAUGGCAGGAUAUGGGUAGGCAGGGAAGUUCUAAGUCAUUCUCCUUUUCCUUUGGUGGGUCUGGUGGUCCUAAUUCUUUUGGGUUUGGUUUGAAUGACCUUUUUGGUAGCUUUUUUGGUGGUGGAGGAGGUGGUGGUGGGAGUGAGUUUGGUGGUUUUGGCAGCUCAACUGGUUCUCAAUCUGGAUCCAAGAGUUCCCCUAAAAGUUUUAGAGCGAUAAAUUCACAAAUCUUCAAGAAAGAAAUACUUGGUCAAGGCAUGACUUGGCUUUUGUUAUCUUAUACACCCUCAUUGAAGGGUCUUCAACACUUUGAAUCCACUAUAGAUGAUGUCUUCAGUUCACUGCAAGGAGCUAUAAAGGUUGGAAGUAUUGAUUGUGGAAAGGAGGCCUCUUUCUGUCAGUUGCAUGGCACGUAUCCCCGAAGAGUUCCUAGGGUUUUUGUUUACUCGUACAAGGGAAAUGAAGAGAGUUCUUUGGUAGAAUAUAGUGGUGACUUGGUUGCUAAAAAUUUAAAGGCUUUCUGUCAAGAUCACCUGCCAAGGUUAUCAAAGCGGACUGACUUGAAUUCUCUUGAUGAAUUUAGAGCUGCUGGAAGGUUGCCUGGGGUGAUGCUUCUAUCCACUAAAAAAGACACUCCAGUAAUCUGGCGGGUUCUUAGUGGCCUGUAUCACAAGCGCUUUACUUUCAGUGAUGUCCAGGUUCGUGAUAUUUCCGAUCCAAGAGUGAAAAAGCUGGGAGUUGAUGCACUCCCCGCUGUAGUAGGUUGGCUACCUAAUGGAGAGAAGCAGAUUCUAAAAGCAGGGAUUUCAGUAAAAGAUAUAAAAUCUGCAGUUCAUGAUCUCGGUAACGUACUUGAUAGUUUUGAAAAAAUAAGCAAAAAGGCAACAUCAAGACAGGACAAAAACGCGGCCGCUGAGUCGGAUGAGAUAGAGAUACUAUUCCUUUCUCGAUCAAACUUUGAUGUUCUAUGUGGCGACAGAACCCCAGUCUGCAUAAUUGGUGCCUUUAGAUCUUCUAAAUCUAGAGAAAAGCUGCAAAAAAUCCUAUCUGUGGUCUCUCAGAAAUCUUUCUCAAGGCAACGAAACCAAGCAACAGGCUCUAAGGACCUUAUUUCUUAUACUCUUCUGGAUGCUGCAAAGCAACCUUCUUUUCUUAAUGCAUUUGAUAAGACUGGAUUUAAGUCAUCAGAUAUGUUCUUGAUUGCCUACAAACCUAAAAGAAGGAAGUUCACUUCAUUUCUGGGUGAAACGACGACAGAGGAAGUAGAGAAUUUUAUCAGUUCAGUUCUAAAUGGAGAUAUACCAUUCAGGGAAACAAGAGAGAAGCCUGUACUCAGAGCUUUAGGCAAUGACACUGGGUUUUGCAGUGUUACGAAGUGAAGUACAUAUUAAAUGAGUCAAAAUACUAUAGUGUCACCAAUCUGUUCCUUUCUUAUCCUGAUCAGAGGGGCUGAUUCUGGAUCUCUCUCACCGGAAGUUUUUUAGGACGGAAGCUUUGUAUCAAAUGUUUUUCAGGGAGUUAAAACAGAAUCUGAGAACAUUCUGAGAAAAGAAGAGCAGUUAAUAUGGAAAACCUAAUGAAAGGUUUUUUUUUUUGGAAUGCAUAUAAGAACAAAUUCAAUAGAGAUUACUAGGGUUGUGCAAAAAUCUCAUGGUCUGGUCCG